GGCUGGUUUCACUUCGCUCCCUGCAGGCACUGGGUCACCAGCUGGUUGGAGCUCUGCGGUCCUUGUCGCCGUCACCGGAUUCCUGCAGCCGCUCUGCGAACCGUGCCCCACUUGCAUCUGCACAACCUCUGCUGCUCCCCCGCCGCCACCGCCUCGGCGCCCUUCCCCUGGCCCUCAUCCCCCCAAUGUCUGACUCUGAUUCUCGGACUGAGAAACGCAAGAAAAAAAGACCAAAUGGCCAAGCAACCUUCUGAUGUAAGUUCUGAGUGUGACAGAGAAGGUGGACAAUUGCAGCCUGCUGAGAGGCCUCCCCAGCUCAGGCCUGGGGCCCCUACCUCCCUACAGACAGAACCGCAAGGUAAUCCUGACGGCGAAGGGGACCGCUGCCCCCACGGCAGCCCUCAGGGCCCGCUGGCCCCAACGGCCAGCCCAAGCCCUUUUGCUACCAGAUCCCCACUUUUCAUCUUUGUGAGAAGAUCUUCUCUGCUGUCCCGGUCCUCCAGUGGGUAUUUCUCUUUUGACACAGACAGGAGUCCGGCACCCAUGAGUUGUGACAAGUCAACACAAACCCCAAGUCCUCCUUGCCAGGCCUUCAACCAUUAUCUCAGUGCAAUGGCUUCCAUAAGGCAGUCUCAGGAGGAACCUGCAGAUAUUCGCCCGGAGAUCUGGAUUGCACAGGAGCUCCGGCGGAUUGGAGACGAGUUCAAUGAAUCUUACGCAAGGAGGGUAAAUAACUACCCAGAGGCCGAAGAGCACCCUCACCACCCUCAAAUGGUUAUCUUACAACUGUUACGAUUCAUCCUCCGUCUAGUAUGGAGAAGGCAUUGACAGGAUCUUCCUGCCACCAGGAUAAAAACGUGGACAUUGCUCUUGUUCAGACCGCCAGAACCCCAGCACUUUGGUGCAGCCGCAGCCGGUGGCUCUAUCCCAGAGAGGUGCUGCGGGUAGACGACACACUGCCCUGUGUUGAUGUGAACGUCACCCUUCUGUGCGUCACCACAUGGCAGGAUUUCCAGUAGAUGUUUGUGUGAAUGUAAACAGGGAGGGUUCUUCUCGUCUAGUGUCCAGAGCCUGGGUCUUUGGAGGAGAGUCACCAUGCGGGGAAGGUGUUUACAUGCGGUGUGUUCCUUUGUUUUUCCAACCUACUUUCUUUGAUAACCAUUUGGUUGUUUUUUUGUUCGUUUGU